GGAGAGAGAGGGAGAGAGUGAGAGAGUGUGUGUGUGACAUGGAGAGAGUGAGAGAGAUGGGAUUGCAACGCAUGGUGGUGUUGCUUUUGCUCAGCACCUUGAUGAAGAACGAGUCAAGGGCGUCGGUGGUGGAGUCGGAGAGUAGGAGGACUCUUCUAGCCAAUGGGCUGGGAAUGACCCCUCCCAUGGGAUGGAACAGCUGGAAUCAUUUUAAUUGCUUUAUCAACGAGACGCUUAUCCGAGAAACUGCUGAUGCGCUGGUGUCGACUGGGUUCGCAGACCUUGGAUAUCGGUAUGUCAAUAUAGAUGAUUGCUGGGCAGAGCAGAACCGUGACUCCGAGGGUUAUUUAGUCCCAAAAAAGUCCACCUUCCCAUCAGGAAUUAAAGCUCUUGCAGAAUAUGUUCAUAGCAAGGGGCUUAAGCUAGGAAUCUACUCUGAUGCAGGGUAUCUAACAUGCAGCAAAAAGAUGCCUGGGUCACUUGGUUAUGAGCAGAAAGAUGUUGAUACUUUUGCAUCAUGGGGAAUUGAUUAUUUAAAGUAUGAUAACUGUAAUAAUGGAGGUUCGAAACCAACGGAGCGGUACCCCACAAUGACUCGAGCCCUUAUGAGGACAGCUCGGCCAAUAUUUGUCUCUCUCUGUGAAUGGGGGGACAUGCACCCAGCUUUAUGGGGUGCCAAGCUAGGGAAUAGCUGGAGAACCACUAAUGACAUAAAUGAUUCAUGGGAAAGCAUGGUCUCAAGGGCUGACCAGAAUGAAGUGUAUGCUGAGUAUGCGAGGCCUGGAGGUUGGAAUGAUCCUGACAUGCUUGAAGUAGGAAAUGGAGGAAUGACAAAUGAUGAAUACAUAGUACAUUUCAGUAUAUGGGCUAUUUCCAAGGCUCCCCUUCUUAUUGGAUGUGAUGUACGGAAUUUGACAAAGGAGACCAUGGACAUCAUUGGAAACAAAGAAGUCAUUGCUGUGAAUCAGGAUCCGCUUGGUGUUCAAGCAAAGAAGGUGAGAAUGGAGGGAGAUCUUGAGGUCUGGGCUGGACCUCUUUCUGGAUAUAGGACAGCAAUCGUCUUGUUGAACCGGUCGCUUCAACCUAGUCCCAUUACGGCCAAUUGGGAUGAUAUAGGUAUUCCUCUAAAGACACUUGUGGAAGCAAGAGAUCUUUGGAAGCAUAAGAUGCUGAAGAAGAAGUUCGUGGACCGAAUGACAGUUGCCAUAGGCCCCCAUUCAUGCAGGAUGUUUGUCUUAACACCUCUGUCAUAAUCAGAACUCAUUGUCUCAUUUUGAUAUAAAAGUUUUUAGUGUUUACAUGUAAAUUGGGACUUCUCAUUUAUAUCUUAGAUGCAAUGAACUGCAUGAGUCACCCAAGGUGCCUAUUCUUGAGCUAACUUUGUAAUGGAUACUGCAAUGUUAAUGAAGGGAAGUCAGUUUGAAGGGUACUUCAUUUUGUUGCUUCUUUCUCCAAA